UUCGAACGCAGCAUAAGUGCAGCAAGCACCAAGGUCAUAUGGCUGCGCUGUUACCAGUCUCCUUGUGUUCCUGGUGAGAAGAAGACUUGCAUUUAAGGCAUUUGUCUCUCCAAAGCAUAAAAUUCCUUAUUACUGGGGUUUAAGAAGCGUUGAGAGCGGAUCGGCCAUGGCACUGAAACUCCCAUUUACAGUGAACGAUCUGCCGGAGGAGAUUCUCCAGCAACGAGAGGCUCAAGGACUCCGUACUGCCCUGAAGUUCGUCUACACUCAGCCUGGCAACGUCCUUCUGCCCGAAUCGUACAAGAAGUUGGCGGAAAAACUGUACAACUUCAAGUACCGGAGCGACGACAUCGUGGUGACCACAUACCCUAAGAGUGGAACGCUGUGGACCAUAGAGCUCGUGUGGGCCAUGACGCACCUGGACCAGUUCCAACUCCCGCUGAAGGGACACACCAACGAACGUGUGUUCGUUCUUGAUGACGACUUUUUAGGUAUGAUAAAUGUCGAGAAAGCUAAGCAGAAGUUGGCUGAGGUGUGCCAAAGUGCCAUACCCGAAGAGGGCAUCACUCUCCAGCUCGCAGAGGCUGCUACAACGCCCAGGAUCAUCUGGACGCACCUACCUCUCAAGCUACUCCACCCGGACCUCCUUAACACCUGCAAAGUUGUGUAUGUAGCUCGAAACCCAAAGGAUGUUUGUGUCUCCUAUUAUCACUUUGUCAAGAAGAUGGAAAAACGUUUAUUCUCGGGUACUUUUGAAAACCUGUUGGAUGGCUUCAUGGCAGACAGUCUCUUCUACUGCCCUUACUGGGACCAUAUCCGGCAGGCGAGGCAGCAGAAGGACCACCCGAAUUUCCACAUGAUGUUUUAUGAGGACAUGAAGACCGACAUCCUGGAGGAAUUGAGGAAACUUAGUACGUUCUUGGGUCUGCAACUUGACGACGACAUGUUGCUGAAAAUAUCCGAGUACGCUCACUUCGACCGCAUGAAGAGCAUUCCGGAGCUGAGAACGAAAAUUGAAAACUUCGAAGGCAACCACUGCCGGCGGGGGCAGGUCGGGGACUGGGCCAGCAUCGCGACGCCGGAAGCAGACGCCAAGAUGGACCACUGGAUUCGGGAGAACUCCAAAGACCUAGACUUUACCUUCAGAUACCAGUGAAAGGCAUAUGGGUUUCUUAAUCACGUUAUUGCACGGCAUGGAAACAAAAGGAGCUGUUUAUUCGUGUCUGGGUUUAGAUUCAACCAUACUGUUUUUUUUGUUGUUUUUUUAUUUGGCUAGGGGUUCGUUGAUGCUUAAACGGGAAGGAAAAUGCGAAUGGAACUGAUUAUGUUUACAUAUCAAAAUAAAUUGAAUGAUGUACAUUUA